CCAACAAUUUCUGUGUAAUUUCCACUGGUUUGUUUUUCUUCCAAACGGCUGCUAAACUUCCAAAGCUUUUACGCGUGUCAUCAAAUUUGACCGCUAUCAUGUUCACACGAGGUCUCCAGCCUUUGUCUAUUAAUUUUUUUUUGUUUUUUUUGGACACCUUAGUCUACCAAUUGACAAGUUCUAUAAACAACUCCGGCCCACCCACCACAAAUGAAACCACAUGCGGUGAACCCCGUAAGCUUCAAGUCUUCAACAGCACCAAGUCACGGUCAUCUUCUUCAGUCGACGCCCACUUGGGCCUUCAAUUCAUCACCCAAAUUAUAGCCGUGUGCAAUGUACCUUUCAUGGAAUGUUAAUGUCUUGUGCCUCUAUAUAUACCUACUGCUCAAUCAAGGGUUUAAAAACAUUAGUCAUUACUAGUAAUAACAGAUCCAGAAAAAUUAUAUUUAGCUAGCCAUGGCCAACCUUCCACACGACAUCGUGUUAGACAUACUCUCAAGAUUACCCGUCAAGUCCCUGAAUCGAUUCAAAUGCGUUUGCAAGCCAUGGCUUUCUUUGAUAUCCGAUCCUUACUUUGUCAAAAUGCAUCUCAACCGAGCCAAUUCCGAUCCUAGCAUGAACCACCAUAGACUAUUCACGUUGUUCCCCUUUUAUUCUUUGGACUACGAGUCACCAUCAUCAUGUGAUGAUGUUGCUGAUAAGGCUGUUGCUGUUGAUCAUGAUCAUGAUCAUGAUCAUGAUCAUGAUGAUGCUAUAGUAAAUCUAGGGUUUCCAUCUAAAGCCCCACAAAAUGGUGUUCAGAUUGUGGGGUCUUGCAAUGGCUUGAUUAGCUUAGCCUAUCGUGCCUUAGAUGUCACGAUUUUAUGGAACCCAUCCACUAGACAAUCCAGGGAGCUACCAAAACCAAGCUUUUCGUCAGAUAUUGUGUCCCUCUACGGACUUGGUUAUGAUUCCUCUAACGAUGACUACAAAGUUGUAAGAGCAAGUGCUAGUGCUGGUGCCUAUGACCAAGUCAAAGUCGAGGUCUUCAGCUCAAAACACAACAAUUGGAGACAGAUUCAAUCUUUCCAUAAGAGCAUUACUAUCUUGGACGAUUCCGGGACAUUCUUGAACGGGGCUCUUCACUGGAGAGCAAGCCGCGGUGGGCGCGACACGAUUCUUGCUCUUGAUAUGGCGAAGGAGGAGUUCUUUGAGGUUCCACAACCCGAGACUCGCGACAGGAACAUCUCAUUUCAUAGCUUGGGGGUUUCACAAGGUUGGCUUUCGUUGCUUUGCUAUGGGUAUGGACUUGAAGUGGAGAUUUGGGUGAUGAAGGAAUAUGGUGUGAUGAGUUCUUGGAUGAAGAUGAGUGUUGUGAGGGGGAGAGAUAUUGGGUAUUGUGACUACAUGGUGCCCAUAUGCUUUACAAAGAAUGGAGAGGUUAUAGUUGUUGUGGAUGGAAGGAAACUUAUAAGAUAUAAUGUUCAUGAAAAGACAAUGAAGAAUCUGAAGGUUAGGAAUGAUGACUGGUUUGAAUGGGUUAUAUAUAUGGAGAGUCUGGUCUCGCCUUAUGCUGACUCUGGGAACAAAGAUAGAGAUUCUCACAUGGAAGAAUAAGAAAGAGGAGGGAUUAUUUAUUGUUUGAUUCAUUCAUUUUUUUAUUUUUUUGUGAUUUUAGUUUGAUGUUCUAAAUCUGAUGUGAGAGUUUUUCUUGAAGUGUACACAAUAUUUAAUUAAUCAUAAAUUUCAAGCAUUAUUCGUAAUUGAAAAUAAUGUUUUUGGGUGUUCAAUUUGGGUGACGAAUGAAUGGGGCAAGAGAGUGAGCAAAGAAGAGAAUCAGUUAUAU